AUGGCAACCAAGGACUCCACCAAAUCUGACUCUCAGCGCACGGGCAGCGUUUUGGAUGGUCAGCGCAAGGGUUUCAUUAUUGCAGUUACAUCUAGUUUCUUGUUGCUUCAGCUUCUCUUCCUAGCAAAUCUGUGCUACCUCUAUGGCUCAUUGUACAAGAGCAACAGCCGCGCGCAUGCUCUGAAUGUUCUGGCCGUUGACUAUGACGGCGGCAUCAUUGGCCAGUCGAUACUUGGCGCAUACGGUUCUCUUCGGGGGCCAACCUUCCCAACACUUCAAGUCCACACUACUGCGCAAUAUCCUUCAGUCGACUCGAUCAGGACCGCCGUCUGCCAUGGAGACUACUGGGCGGCAAUUUACGCACUCCCGGGGGCCUCAACCCGACUUUCUGCAGCGUUACAGGGCGGGGACGCCGCGAGAGCCUACAACUCCUCGGAAACCAUCCAGUACCUGUGGAACGAAGCAAGGUAUACGACGACCGCGGAAGGCUUGAUCAAAGCAAAUAUGGAGACUCUGAUUGCGGCGAGCCGAGUUGUGUACAGCCAUAUCAAUGGUACCCGAGCACUCCAGUCGAUGAAUACGUCCGACGAAACCGCCGUGAACAUCUUGAUGAAUCCUAUCGUCGCAUCGAACAUCAACAUCAAGACGACCACGCACGGCACGAGAGUCUUGUACAAUACUGUUUCGGUCGCCCUGUCAAUCGUGCAGCAGUUCUUCUUCGUCAUGGCAAUCAAUGGGGUCAGCAGUGAGCUGAACCUCUUCAGUAAACUCCCACCAAGGACCAACGGUCUCAUCCGCAUGGGCUUAGCGACAGUGUACACCUUCGUCGGCUCUCUGUGCUGGAUGGGCUAUGUCUGGGCUUUCAAAGAAGGCUGGGAUGUCAACGGCACCCAGUUUGUGCUUUCCUGGAUGGCUGGAUGGCUUUUCAUGUACAUCAAUUUCCUCGUCCUCGAUAUUGGUGCUGUGUUUAUUCCGAUGCACUUCAUGCCCUUCUUUGUCCUGACAUGGAUUGUCACGAACGUUACGAGCUCGCUCGGCUUGUUCGAAACCUCCCCUGGUUUCUACCGUUGGGGCUAUGCACUACCUGCGCACGCGGUAUAUCAGGUUCUUGUCCAGAUCUGGUCCGGCGGUUGCAACAACCAGAUCUACAGCGCUCUGCCAAUCCUCUUCGCGUGGCUCCUGGCAACGCAAUUGGGCAUCGUCUUGGCGACAAAUCGAAGGUGCCGUAUUGCUCGUGCAGUCGAUCAGAAGGAAAAGGAAGCAGCGUUUGCGGCGGAGACGGGCAAUGAUGAUAAGCAAUCACCCGAAGCCAGUAUUGCAUCAUCAGGUGGCACCAAGGAUGCCAUAGGGCCUGACGCACUAACUCGAGCACACAGUGCUCCGCCGAAGGUGGAGACACCGGAAACACCACUUCAUGACUGGGCCUACUCGCCAAGUAUGCCAGUAGCGUUUCAGGGCAAUGCGGAUCGCGCCGUUGCCAGUAUGCCGAAGUCCAAGAGUCAAUGA